UUCUUUUGCAGCAACAUCCUCAUUAGUGGGUUAAAAACAGAAAGUCACACAGACCGUUCUGCUCAAUGCUGAAAUGAAAUGGAAGCAGCCUUUUACCUCUUUCUUCUUGGAGCUAUCAUGCGUUUGACAGAAGCAGCUGGAAUUUUACCAGAUGGUCCUUUGAAUGCAGCCGUAGGAGGAUCAGUGAUGUUCACAACAUCUCUGACUGAAGCAGACGGACCAUUUGAUGCAGUGACCUGGAAUUUUAAUGCCACAAUUCUUAUAACCAGCUACCAAUCAGGUUCAAGUUUGAUCCCUCCAGCCUAUCAGGACAGAAUCACCCUUUUUCCAUCUACAGCAUCUCUGGAGCUCAGAGAUCUGACCCUGGAGGAUGGAGGAGAGUAUAGUGUUAAUGUUUUUCCAGAUAAAGGAGGGAGAAUCAAGCUGGACAUUUAUGUUCCUCUCUCCUCUGUAACAGUAACUCCUCAGAGUGCAGACUUGGUUGAGUUCAGCUCUUUCAGUCUGACCUGCUCCUCCUCUGGUUCCUCGCUGUCCUUCAUCUGGAUGAACAGCAGCUCUGAGGUUACAUCCAGUGACAGAGUUCAGAUCACUGAUGGAGGCUCCACUCUGACUGUAGUCGAUGUGACUCGCUAUGAUGAACAAUCAUACAGGUGUCGAGUGUUUAAUCCUGUCAGUGAAGGCAUCAGUGAUCCAGUCAACAUCUUAGUCAGCUAUGGUCCAGAAAAUACCAAAAUGUCAGCGUCUCCAUCACAAGAGUUCUAUGAGGAAGGGUCAGACAUCAGUCUGAGCUGCUCGGCUGAUUCUAGACCUUCUGCCCAGUUUACAUGGUUUGUGAAUGGGACUAAACUUCCUGAUUCUGGACCAGAACUCACACUGAGGAACAUACAGUUCAGUCAGAGAGGAGAUUACAGCUGUCAGGCCUUCAACAGCAAAACUCUGACAAAUGAAACCUCUCCAUCUAUUUUGAUCUCUGCUUUACAGAAAAUCUCCAGAGUUUCCAUCAAAGCAUCAACAGAACCGUUCAUUGAGGGGAGCUCUGUCACCUUAACNAGUUCUGAAGCCAAGUUCACCAUUGUUGUUAACUAUGGACCAGAAAAUGUUCAGAUUGAAGGUAAAGAUCUGAUAAAUGAAAACGAUCAGAUCAAGUUGAUCUGUUCUGCUGAGUCCACUCCAUCUGCUACAUUCACCUGGAGACUGAAUGGAUCAGAGAUCAUUGGAAGUUCUGCUGAGUUCCUCAAAGAAAAGGCACAAAGUUCUGACAGUGGAACCUACACUUGUGAAGCAAAGAAUACUGUCACUGAGAAACAAUCAACAGCUGAACAUGAACUCUAUGUUCAAACAGGUAAAUUCAUCACUGAAUUCAUAUACAUGAAGUUAAGUUGA